CCGCGUUUGAAAUGCUCCUUUUCAUCGCGUCGAUUCGCCAAUUCGCCAUGUGGCCCUUGGCAUCGAUCCUGCUCUUCCCGGUGCUGAGCGAUGCAAAGCUGCGCACAACAACGCCUCCGCCGGAAGCGGGCGUCGUCACGCCGUUGCAAGAUGGGAUUGGAAAAGUGAAUGACACCGAAGGCGCCAGUUGCUCCCAACGCCUGUUCGAGCUCUUGGGCAACCCCUCCUACGACGCCUAUACGGAUUGUGUGGAGGAAGGGCUGAAUCACAGCAUCCUUCCACACAGCAGUGCUGCGAUCAAUGCCCAAUGCUGGUGUAAGUGGAACAUGAGCGGCUUCGUGCGUUCGCAGGGCUGCAGUGAGCACGCCAAUUGGAAGUGGCUCAUGCAAGUGGACUGCCAUAGUGAUUGCAGUGACGCUGGCGCUGCUGAUUGCCGAAGCUGCCCUGCCUUUUGCUUUGAGGGUGCCACUGGACUUCCGGGCUGUGAGUGUCAUGACCAAUGCCUACGCUACUUGGGUUGUUGGCCAUCCAAUCACACGCAGGAGCCAGGCGAAUCACAGAACAGUUCGGACCAGGUGUGCGAUGCCAGUUUUAUCCGCAGAAGCCAAAAGAUGCAGGACUUCGGCAGCUGUGCCGCAUCCAACUUCACGUACAGCAACCGCUGGACUUCACUGUCUGACACCUACCAGUGCCUUUGUCAGACCAACUUGCAGCAGGAGCUUCAGAAGAGGAACUGUUGCGAGGACUCCCACAGCAACCUGUCAGCGCAUGGAUUCUGCCAGGCCAAUUGCUCCUUGGACUGUCGCAGCCGUGAGGCCAUCGAGUGCCAAACGAACUGCACCCAGUGGUGCCAGUCGGGCAGCUUCACUAAGCCGGACGCGCCGGAGUGCACGGAGAGAUGCAUGGCUGAUGCGGCACCGUGCCAUCGCUACAAGGUUUGCCCGGCACCGAAGCCCGCCUUCCCCUACGUUUGUGACGAUGGUGGAGCGCCGAGCCCCAAUGGUUGCUGCAGCGGUGUCUUCGAUACAGACCGCUGCCCCCUCUUGUGCAAGGUGCAGUUCCGGACGACGGUGCUGUCGCAGACGGGACUGAGCGCCAAGUGCACCUGUGCUGGGUGUCCAGCGACAGAGCCGGAUGCCAAACGCUUGAUGAACAAGACCCUGAUGGAGGUCUUUGAACGCGCCGCGACGAAGCAGAUGAUGUUCAUCGUGGUGACUCGACACCUGAAUGGAGUCAAUCAGCAGAUGAGGUUGCUCUUUGCCCAGCAGAUGGAGGCCAUGGAGCAGGCGAUCCGCAAGUACCGAGGUACUGGGCUGCUGGAUUGGAACUUGGUCCAUACAUUGAGGACGAUUUCCUACUACUACUUUCAGAAGCUCUCCAUUGCUGCAGAUCACGAAGUGCUCGCUCUGACCAACUCGUCAACGACUGGCAUGGUGUGGUUCGCCUUGAUCUCAUCGGUGUGCAUCAUCGCAACUGUGGUCAUAGGAGUACUGAUCUCCAAAGGCCUCAGCCACGCGCGGAGCCAAGCCACUCAGGUGACUCCACAUGAGAGCCAGAUGGUGGUCGGCCGCCCUGUCUAUGGCAAAGAGCCAUCGGAAUUGGUCCAGGGUGCCUUAGAUCCGGAGACGGAGUUUUGGUGGGCCAGGUCGCUCCAUAAAGCCACCUUUCGAGCACACCAACAAGGUUCUUCGCCGAAAGGUCGAGAAGCACCGAAGAAGCUCCGAAAGCAGGAGCCCCUAGUAGCGAACAUUGCUCCUAGCAAAUGGCAGAUUGGAAGCUUCUUCGAAAAGGUCGGCCCAGCAUUGGCUCCAAGAGCCUCGUCACUGUCUUCACCAGCCUGCACAGGUGACUGCCUGAUGGGGGAGCAAUUACUUGUACAGAGCUACGAGCUGAAUUCGUUGUCAUCGGCCACGAACACCCUCUUCUAUAAUUACCCUGGGUCAUGCCAGGCCAGUUAAUUAUCAAGUCGAACUAGAAGAGCUUUUGUUGGAGAAGGAUAAUUGCCCUAGGCAAAAAGAACAGGGCAGUUGACGGCCACCGAAAGCCACGGAUGCUUUUUCACCGUCACUCUCUUGUGAAGGUGAAGAAGCAAAUCCGGCUCUGCUUUCUACCUCUCAUGAGGAACUGCCAAUGAGAAAUGAGCGCAUUGUGCACGGAACGGAGCGGUGUCCCUGUUAUGUACAGAACAUGCUCGAAGAUCCUGGGGGGACUGAAGCAAAGUAGAGAGAGAUGAG